AUGAGUGCGGCAGGGUCAUUCGGAGAUGUGACUGGGGAAAGGCGUCGUGUGGCUCAUCGACCCAAUGAAUCGGUGAAAGAUGUCAUUCGUGGGUUGGCUUUUAAGAAGCAGUCAGUUGCACAGAUGGUAAAUUUGCUUGCAUCAAAAAGUGGCAAAAAGGAUAGUCGGGCACAGCUUCAACACGGGUCGAAAGAAAUGAAAAAAACACGUUCGUUUCAUCGUAAUCGACGUUUGAUAUCAUCAUCAUCAGAGGAAGAAUUGGUUGAAAAUGAGUCAGAUGACAAGGAAUUGAAAAUUUUGGAAACACCACACACAGCUAUCAGUUGGAGAAGACAGAGUUCAAACAGAGAAAUGGUUGAGGAUAAAAAAGAAAUAUCCAAAGCAUCUUCGAAAAGCGUUCGAACUAUGCCGAAUAUUAAGCAUAAAGAUCUAACUUUUGAAGAAAGGCUGGAAAUGUUAACAGAUAGCGAAUUAAGCGAUCAACAAACCGAUGCAAAACAAGAUGUGAAGUGGUUGUGCAAGCCACGAUUAAAUAGUUUUCUAAAACAAGAUGAUAUACAUAUAGCCACUCAAUUGACCACCAGGAGAACAGGACGAAAAAGGGCGGUUAUUUCUUCGUCUAGUGAUGAAAAACCUGAAAGCGACGAAGAAAAAGUUCCAAUAAGUUUAAAAAUGAUGGUGAAAAGAGCCAAAAAACACAAGAAAUAUGCGAAUUCAAGCAGCGAAGAAAAUGAAAACGACGGACAUUAUGAUUCGGAUAGUUCGGCACGUGUGGACAAGAGCGAUAGUAAUAGUGAAGAUGGUCAGGAUCGACGGAGUUAUCGAAAUACUUCCUCAUCGAUGAUUUUGAAAAAUUGUUGUGUGACGUUUUUUAAUGAAGCUAGUCGAAAUAUACUGAUGGAGACUCCACGCAUAAGUGAUAAAGUAGCUGAUUUCAUAAUCAGUAACCGACCAUUUCGGAAUUAUGAGGAUUUGGAAUCCCGUCUUUUGCAAUGCCCGCGUGGAUCCUAUGCUGCCGAGCAAUAUUUAGACUUUUUGGAAAACCGAAGUAUACUGGAAAAUAUCUUGGAUGAUUGUCGUCGACAUUCGGAAGAAAUUUAUUCUGCAUUGGAAUCGAUUAAAUCCAAGCAGUUGCAAAUGAAGCCAGAUCUACUUAGCGAAGAGUGCGAGCUUCAUCAAUAUCAGCAAAUUGGCCUAAACUGGCUUAUGAUGAUGCAUAAACUAAAGUUGAAUGCUAUUUUGGCUGACGAAAUGGGCCUUGGGAAAACAGUUCAAGUAAUAGCUUUCAUAACUUAUUUGAAGAGUGAGCAGAUCAAGGGACCACACUUAAUUGUAGUACCAUCUUCGACAAUUGAAAAUUGGCUCAGUGAAUUUUCAAAAUGGUCACCUAAAAUUAAUAUCAUUACAUAUUAUGGUAGCAUUGCUGACAGGAGGCAGCUACGACACAUGGCAACUGACAAAAAUGUAGAUGUCUUGUUGACAACUUAUAAUAUGGUUGGAUCUAAAACAGAGGAUCGGAAAUUUUUCAAGCGUUUCCGGAUAAAUUAUGUCAUUUACGAUGAAGGCCAUCUACUGAAGAAUUGUAAUACUGAUCGUUACAGAAAUCUUAUGAAGAUUCAUGGUGAGAGAAAAAUUUUGAUUACUGGCACGCCUCUUCAAAACAAUCUUGUUGAGCUAAUUUCAUUAAUGUACUUCACAAUGACGAAAUUGUUCACAAAGUAUUGUGAUGAUAUUGGACAACUUUUACAACAGUUUCAACAGUUUUCAAGUCCUUCUCUUUUGAAGAAAAUACCAGCACUGGAAGCCAAAAAUGGUGCGUUGUAUGAAGCUGAUAAAAUUGAACAAGCAAAAGCGAUUUUGAAGCCGUACAUUUUGCGGAGAUUAAAAGCAGAUGUAUUGAGUUAUUUACCAAAGAAAAAGGACCGUGUGAUCAAGUGUCCAAUGAUUACGGUGCAGAAGGAGAUUUACACGAAUUUGGUACGUGAAUUCCGACUGUUAGAAUCAAAUGGUGAAAAAUACAGUUCAAGUCCACUAAUGCAAUUGCGACAAGUGGCCAAUCAUCCCUUACUGUACAGACGAUUAUAUGAUGAUAACAGAGUGAUUCAAAUUGCCGAAAUUUUGUGCGCAAAGGAAAAUGAAUAUCGUAAAAAGAAAUCAGACCAUGUUGCUGAAGACCUUGCUUUUUUAUCAGAUUUUGCAAUUAGCCAGUUAUGUUCAAAAUUUAUUUCAACGCAGAAAUUUGUUCUCAGCGAAGAGACCGCCCUUGAAUCCGGAAAAUUUAAGGAACUGGAUAAGCUGCUACCUUCAAUUAAAGAAAAAGGAGAUAAAGUGUUAAUAUUCAGUCAAUUUACGUCAGUAAUGGAUAUUCUUGAAGUUUAUCUCAAAUUGCGUCACUAUCGAUAUUGUCGGUUGGAUGGCUCAACUCCGGUUAUGGAAAGGCAAGAUGUGAUCAAUGAAUAUAAUUUGUCGCCUGAUUUGUUUGUUUUUCUGUUGUCAACCAAAGCAGGUGGUUUGGGUAUCAAUUUGACUGCAGCUAAUCAUAUCAUAUUGCACGAUAUUGAUUUUAAUCCAUAUAAUGAUAAACAAGCGGAGGGAAGAUGUCAUCGUAUGGGUCAAACAAAAGAUGUUUUUGUUGUACGCUUAAUAUCUGCUGAUACAGUUGAGGAGGAGAUGUUAGCUCUUGCUCAAAAGAAACUUGAACUCGAGAAAGAAGUGACAGGUGCUAGCACAGAAGAAAAUAGCGAAAUGGAAAAUUUGAUUGUCGAAAAGCUUCUUAAAAAGGCGCUUGCACUAUAA